CGGGCGCUAUUUGGGCCAUGUGACGGGCCGGGCCCCGCUUGCCGCGCCUGGCGCCGGGAGGAGCUGCGGCUGCAGCCUCCCCGCCGCGGCGGAGGAGAGGCGGGCGCUGCCCUCGCUGCUCUCCGCUGCGCAGCGCGGCCCCGGGAGCAGCCUCCGGCGGGGCCCGGCCCGGCCGCUGCCAUGGUCCCAACGGCCAUACUGACGGGUGCACAUCUUGACAAGGUCUCCUGGUAACCUUCUCCGAAGGGCUGAAUGACAGCAGGAGCGGCCGGGUGAAUCGAUGAGCUUUCCCUGGGAGCCUAUAAAUAGGCGAAAUCAGAACACACGAUGGGUCAGAAGGUCACAGGUGGGAUAAAAACUGUGGAUAUGAGGGACCCUGUAUACAGACCAUUGAAACAGGAGCUCCAAGGACUUGACUACAGCAAACCCACGCGUCUGGACGUGCUGCUGGACAUGCCUCCAGUAUCGUAUGAAGUCCAGUUGAUGCAUUCUUGGAACAAUGACGAUCGCUCGCUGAAUGUAUUUGUGAAAGAGGAAGACAAACUCAUAUUUCACCGGCAUCCGGUGGCUCAGAGCACAGAUGCCAUCAGAGGCAAAGUGGGAUAUACCCGAGGACUGCACGUGUGGCAGAUCACCUGGGCCAUGCGGCAGCGGGGCACGCACGCUGUGGUCGGGGUGGCAACGGCGGAUGCCCCUUUGCAUUCAGUAGGGUACACAACGCUGGUAGGAAACAACCAUGAAUCCUGGGGGUGGGACCUUGGACGCAACAGAUUGUACCACGAUGGCAAGAACCAGCCGAGUAAAACCUAUCCUGCCUUCUUAGAACCGGAUGAAACGUUCAUUGUGCCGGACUCCUUCCUGGUGGUUCUGGACAUGGAUGAUGGGACACUGAGCUUCAUUGUAGAUGGGCAAUACAUGGGUGUUGCAUUUCGGGGACUCAAAGGGAAAAAGCUAUAUCCAGUGGUAAGCGCAGUGUGGGGACACUGUGAAAUACGGAUGCGCUACUUGAAUGGACUUGACCCUGAACCACUGCCUCUGAUGGACUUGUGUCGGCGAGCCGUGAGGCUUGCUCUGGGCAAGGAGAGACUGAGCGAGAUCCCUGCGCUGCCGCUGCCGGCCUCCCUCAAGAGUUACCUGCUCUACCAAUGACCCUCGUGCUCACCCACGGAGACUUGGAACCAAGGCAAAACAUUGGAGCUGCCUCCUGGGCAAUGGGUUCUCCACACUCCUGUCAUCACUACUGUUGGAACUCCUCGGCCAAAGUAUUCCUGCCACUGCUUAAGUCUCCUUGUGCCCUUACUGGCAAGCUCUCAAGGAACCCUUGUGUCACAACUGUUUUGUUCUUUGGAAGUCACUUCCCCAGCACACUUACAGAAGGAACAUUUACAGAAGCUCUGUGCUUCCCUGCUUCUCCUUUGGGUUGGAGAGCCUAGGAGUGAAUGAUUUUUCUGCACCAGCUAAAGGGAAGACCGUAGUUUGGGAGAAGGGAAGGCAUUAGGAGUGGAAAUGUUAAGACCAGGUCCUACAAUAGAAGGGCAUGGAGUGGCCAGCAAAGUUGGGAAGAGUCUGGAAUACCAGAAGAAUUAAGUUUUUAAAAACCAAAAAAACCAACCCCACUCCCAAACCCUGAAACAUGAAAACCGAGAAGCCUUCCAUGGGGACGCUUCUUAAUGUGGAGGAAGUCAUUAUGUUGCUGAUGUUUGUAUCUCUGCCAGGACUUCUCACAAUGUUCUGAUGUUAUUUCCUAGACAGUGAAUCCUGCUUUGUUUAUCACCAUUGCUUCCUCAGUUCUCUGGCUCCAUUCUCUGUUCUGCCUCUUCCCAAUGGGUUUGACUCAGCUGAUUGAGCAGUCAUACCGUGCCUUCACCUGCCUGCUUGACGUAGAACUGCAGGUUUUAGUCCAGGAUCAGGGGUUCCUCGCUGAUGUGGGGACAGGGAAGGGACAGACUACUUGUGCAAUAGGGCAAGAUGGGCUGUAUGAGCUGAGACUUGUUACACAGCUGUAGGUCCUGCCAGUUUAGGUCUGCUUUCUGUAUAGCCUGUUCCAUACUAAGGCUUUAGAGGAACACAGUAAUGUGCUUCUCUAAUUGCUCUGCCAGGGAAUUCUCUUAGAUAAGCUGCUUAAAGUCAUCAAACCCAGGCUGCGUUCUGUCAUAGACUGUCAGUGUAAUCUCCACUUAACUAUGCAGCAGGAAUAGUUCUCUCUUCCUUGCCUGGGGGUGGAGGUUGUCCUGGGGAGGUGGGAGCAGCGUGGCUGCAGGAGCACCAUCAGCACCUGAGAAAUCCAGAAGGUGAUUGCUGUGUUAUGUAACUUGUGAGACUUGCAGAGAUCAGUGGGGUGAUCUUCAGGUAGAGCGAGAAGAAACUGAACCUUUCCAGAGCUGGGGGCAGGAGAGAACUGCAAUAAACAGGACGAGCAAUUCAGGCAAAAUCAGCACAUCCCAAAUAGAUUAUCACCUCAGUAGCCAAGUAAAGAGGAUGACACUCCUUUACUAGCAGGAGCUGCUCUCUUGACCUGCCCACAGGUUACUAUGCUGCCUUUCUGGGGUUAUUUUGCACAUUUCUUUGUCUUGAAAAAUGUUUGUGUGGUUGGUUUGUUUUGCUCUUGAGUUAUCCCUUCAGUUCUGUGUAGGUACAAAUGAGUUUAGUUGUUGAAAAUGUUAAUAUAUAUAUAUUUGUGGUGUAUGUAUAAGAAUGUUUUAAACAGCUGCUGUAGGGUACCUUUUUUUAAAUAAACUACUUGCAUAGUAUAUUUUGUAAAGCACAGAAUUGGUGCCAAGACUGGGUGGGGUGCGAUGUGCCCCUUUUUUAAUCUAAUAUUGUAUGAUUUUUUUAACAUAGGGGUUUUUACUAGUUUCUGUUACAGGGUGGGACACAAGAAAAUUCAGUGUGUAUGGAGCCCUGCUUGGUUGCCUUCAAUUGGAACCAGUGUCUUCCAGCAGUCCAGGGAAGCAGCUGUGUUCUUCCUACUUCUACUGCCCUUUGUGCUCCCUUGUUUCCAUCUCUUCUCACUUCAUCAGUACAUUGCUUUGUACAGGUUUAAAUUCUGACUUUCUAUUUUAUGACUGUAGAUAAUACUCAGUAACCUAAUAAACUUUAUUAAACAUUG